GUAGGUCUCACGUGACCAGGAGUCGACGUGUGCAGAAGUCCUGCUAGUCUGGUCCUGAUUCCCGUCUGGGUACCAGCUUCCUUCAACAGCGCAGACAGCGGGGCCCGCGGCUAGGGGAAGGAGGAGUCAGUUUGCUGGAAUUUUGCAGGUCUGCAGGUCUGUUGUUCAUAGCAGUACGCAAGGCUAGAAAAGGCAAGGAAGAAAGUGACUGGAUCAGUACAGAAAUAAUUGUUUUCAAAGAGGAAUAAGCGGAGAAAAAGUAAGGAAGAGGGAAAGGAAGAAAGGAAGAGAGGCAGACAAGAUGAAACCCUGUCAAAAAAUGGAAGGAAAACCAGAAGAUGAGAGUGAACCAAAGCUUGAGGAAGAGCCAAAGCCUGAGGAAAAGCCAGAGGAGGAGGAAAAAACAGAAGGAACUUUUAGAGAAAGGCUGAUUCAGUCUCUACAGGAAUUUAAAGAAGAUAUACACAACAGGCAUUUAAGCAAGGAAGAUAUGUUUAGAGAAGUGAAUGAAAUAGAUGAGAUAAGGAGAGUAAGAAACAAACUUAUCGUGAUGCGUUGGAAGGUUAAUCGAAAUCAUCCUUACCCCUAUUUAAUGUAGUUUACCUUGAUUUUUCUUUUUUCUGAUGUUAACGUUACUUUUGAUUUGCGUCCUCUUGAUUUACCUUUGGCCAUCUUUCUACUUUUAACUUGUUGCUAUUAGUGGCUUUAGAUGCGUCUCAUUGUUUCUUGUAUUUCAAACCAAUCUACAAAUCUCUGCCUUUUCAUAGGAGAAAUCUACUCAUUUGUACAAAAAGAGGUUCCUGAAUAGAUAUAAAAUGAAAAAAAGAUUACUAAGUAAUAUGUGAAUAUCAUAUUUUUGAAAGGGGAGAGUACAUUUGUAUAUUACAUAUAUGCACAGAAGAACAUGUGAAGGAUGAAAGACAAAAAGUACAAUCAGUGGUAGGAUUAUGAGUGAUUUUUUAAUUCAGCUUAUUUGUAUUUUUCCUUAUUCCUAGAAUGUACACACAUUGUUAGAAAUAAUAAAAAUUUUAUAACAAAAAAGAAGUAACCAACAGCACUUAGUGUAUUUCUAAAGGCAUUGGGACACAUAAUAUUUAUUGGCAGAAUUUUAGAAGCAAAUGUAAAUUCAAAUUACCACCAGACCGCUUAGCUAGAAGAAUAAAUUUUACAUCUUCUCUCAUCUGUAAAAUAGAGAUAAUGAUCUCUUAAGGAUCUUGUGGGGACCAAAUAAGGCAAUGGGUGUGAGCUCUAUUUGACAGCUUUUGUCCCCAUCUGCCCAUGCAGGAUCCCAACUCCCAAGAGGUUUUAGAUACUUUGGAGGCUGGAGAAAGUAGUUCUCACCUGUGCUUAAGAACAAAUUCAGGCAACUUUUAGGUGGGUACCACCCUUGUGUUUUCUCUCCUGCUGUGCCUGCCCAACCCUCCAUCUUCUUCCCCUUGAUAUAACCAUGUAUAUUGGGUAUAUAUGUCCCUCCAUCCAGGUCCUGUACCUCUCAGGCACCUAACAUUGCUGAUAUGCUAGAAAUCUCAAAUAAUGAAGCUCAACAUGUUUCUUUUGGGCCCCCCUACAAUGGGCUGACCGCCCCCCCACAGACUGACCUCUACAGAAGUGGGGAAAAUGCCCAUCUCUUCAGUUUAGGUUAUGCAGGGCCACUUGGGCCAUGAUAUCUUAUAGAUACUUGAGCAACUUUGGGAUUUUAAUCAGAGAUCCAU